UCCUGUGGUACGAAAGUGCCCCCACCACUGAGUAAUCAAUUAUUAAUACACAAGCCACCUAAGCAGCCAUAAUCAACUUACAACACUAAUUGGUCUUAAUUGGAAAAUGUGUAUUGACGCCUUGGUCUAUUUAUCGCACGGCACACGCCAUUUGGCGCGAAAUUCGUUGGAGGGAAACUGCGUCAAACAAAACAAAAACAUUGCGGAAACAUGGACGUAAUGCUCUCUUCAAGUGGCCUCCUUCCACUCCCAUUUACGUCACCACAUCGUCAUUUCAUGAUGCCGGGGGGAUACGAAAGUAUCCCUAACAGUCCCCCGAUGAAAGAUAUGCUUAUGUACCCAUGGAAUUGGGGGAUGGGAGCGCAAAAGAUGCAGUUCAGUCCGUCGGGUUCGUUUUCCAGCAUUGAAUCCGAACAAACGGACACACUCCCUGUCGAAUCUAAUUUCGGACAACGACAUUCAUAUGAGAGGAACGAUAGUUACUCCUCCUUCGAGGGAUUUGGCUCUCCAACAACUCCUCGUCGGCCACUGCAGAAUAUCCCUCCAAGUCCACAGACACCGCAACAAAACACUGAUGAUGCUGAAAGUUUGCUCAAUUUUAAUUUGAAACGAGGGCGUCCAAGAGCAGAUUCCAUCUCGAAUCUAAUCGUCGAAUCUUCCCAAUCUCCUUCGAGUAUCCGAUGCAAGAUUUGUCACCGAGUGUUCCCCAGGGAGAAGUCAUUGCAAGCGCACAUGCGAACGCAUACUGGUGAACGCCCUUAUAUCUGUGACUACCCAGGGUGUGGACGAGCUUUUUGUCAGAGCGGACAACUCAAGACUCAUCAAAGACUGCACACUGGGGAAAAACCAUUCAAGUGUUCGGCCACUGGUUGUGAAAGUCGGUUUACCCAUGCAAACAGGCACUGCCAAGCUCACCCUGGCUCUCAGUUGGUGCGCGUCGACCCUGCCGUCUUGUAUCCCAGUAUCCCUCAAGAUGAGAACAACAUCGCUGUCCUUGAAUGGCUCAAUAAACAUGUUGAAAGCCGAAGAGAGACUGGCAGCAACCCACGUCGAGUGAAGCGAGCAUUAAAUGUGAGCGCCACCUCUGAUCAGAAUACGGAAACACAGGAGUCUGGUGUGAAACGGCUGAGAAUGGACGAUGAGGAAGACCAUCCUGAUGUGACGAGGCCAGAUGAAGAAGUGAUCGCAGAGCCUUUAGAUCUUAGUGACAAGACGGGCAGGAGUUCAGAUUCAGCAACGACAAGUCUAAGAAGUCUUCAGGAACAAGAAAUUUCAUUGAACGAAUCAGGCUGUUCUCCAUCGGACAAACGUGCAGAACCAGAGGAGGAUGAGACCAUCCUGGGUGCCCUCGCUCUCAUGGAACUUGCCAAGAACCGACUUUGGAAACCGAGCAGUUUCAGGUUGUAAAUUGAUAAUUGAAUUUCUGAUUUCAAAUCUUAGAUGGGGAGGAUGAAACUUAAAAUAGCCCUAAUUGCUAACAGCACUGAAGAGUCGCACUGAUUUAGUUACUGUGUAACGGUAUUUGUGCCGAGGAAGAAAGCGUUGAUUCCCACCAACAGUUGAUGUUGGUGUACAUGAUGCAACCCUGAAUCCUACACUCUAUUCAAGUGCUCUAAAACUUUGUAACUGUUGUAGUGGUCAGUGAUUGUGGUAAAUAUCACAAUUUUCUUUGUUGACUUAUAAGAAUGUUUAUUCUGCAUCGCCAUAUGUGCUACAAAAUUUCAAAGUUAGGUGUUCAUUUUAUGAAACCUGCUUAUCAGCUUGGAAACUUACGUGUAGCUUGAAAGUACAUGUACUCCAAAAUAUGUUUUCAGGAUGUCCUUUGUUGUCUUCUGGACGUGCCAAAUUACAUGUCUUUGUCAUGUUAUGUUGUACUAGUGUAAAACCAUACAUGUGCCGGUACUUGUAACUGCAGCUUAUUUUUGUGGUUUUUAACGUCUUUUUAAGAUUAAUCACUGAUUCGAGAUUGCAGAUUUUGCUUGUUUUAUAGUUGUUUACUUGUUUUUCAUUGGAAGUGAGUUUAUUCACUGAUGUAUGUCCCAUUGAAUGUUGGCAGCAUAUAGUAUUUCAAGUAUUCGUACUUCUAUGAUACAUUUUGUGUUCAGAUUCAGUUUCUUUUGAGGUAAAUUGGUAAUUUUGUUAAGAUUUUGGGCAUUACAAUACUGUACUUUAUCAUGAGCAAACUAACUUUGGUACGGUAAUGUUGACUUCAAUGAUGAUAUCACACGUGUGGGUGAAUUGUUUAUUGCUUGAUCACAGUAUCAAAGGGAAAAAGAAAUUAUUACCAAGAAAACCUAUUUGAAAAUUGAUAAGGAAAAAAUAAAAGAAUUCUUGUUAGUGAAACUUUUUUGUGAAAUUGAUUUAAAAAAGAAAGAAAAUGUACAAGGAAGAUUGUAUGUUUUUAAUGAAUUGUGCUACAAAGUUGUAAUUAGCCAGCUUAUUAUGUGGAUUUUGAUCAUAACAUACAAGCUUCUAUUGGUAUUUAUUCAGCGUACAUGUACAUGUAUAAUUAUGUGUAUAGGUUUUUUUUAUGGUAGAGAAAGCUUUCACUUAUUAAUGAAUAUGUAUUGUGGGAAGCUGCUGGUAAUUACCCGGUAACUGUUCAAUGUGUCCUACUUGAUGAUCAUACCAAUACGGACUCGCCAAAUCUUCCUGUCCGCAAUUCCCAAAAGCCAAUCUGAGUUAAGCAGACUUGAGUUGAUGGUGAUGAACAUGUGGAACGUUAAGUAUGCAUCUUGUAGAACUCUUGACUGUCUCUAAUAUA